AUGAAAGUUUUUAACACAAAGCUUCAAACGGUAGUGAGAGAACAACUUACUGCGGAAGGGCAUCCAUUACCUUCAGAAGUUACCAUAGCAUAUAAUUUUGAAACAAACUCAAUAGAUUUUAAAGUCAUCUCUGCAAAGAAGUCAGGUUUUACAUUUAAUGAAGCAGAUGUAUAUUCGAAUGAAAACUUCAAAGCUAUUGCAUGGUUAGAUAAUGACGAUUGCUUUAAGAAAAUAUUUAAAUUCAGUGACUCAACGAUGUCAAUAGAUGACCUUCGUGGAAUGUUACCAUCGAUGUUUACAGUAGAAGGUUCAGCAGGAUUGCUUACAAGAUUGUCAAUUGGUGGUAUUUGGUCUCGUGAGAACAUUGUUAUAAAAUCCAGUAUAAGUGAAUUUGCUGAAGAAUCUAUAUUAUGUCUUUCAAACUACAUGUAUUCGCCACCGAAGCAUUAUAGUAUAACAAACUUUUGUCAGUAA